AGAAUUUAGAAGAAGCCAUUCUGAAACCAGUGUCUCCUGAGCGCUUUUUUGGAAUGGGUGUAAGGUUUAGGGUUUAGGUAACGACGAUCAGAUGUUGGACGAGGCAACUCUGAGAAUCGAGGGAUGAUGGUUUGCACGGCUUGAGACCAGGGCGUGAAUGUUGUCCGUCUGAGUUCUUGUCCGAGAAUCACGAGUCUUCUGGUCAAGGACAUUCUGGUAAUACAUUCAUUAUUCGUCCGAGAAUUCACGGAUCGGUUCGCAAGGUAAGAUGUCAGAAAUGGAAACGGAAAGAAAGCGGAAGCGGAAGAAGAUGAAGAUUUCGGAGAAGACGCUGGAGAGACAAGCAGAGCAAGCCGCGAAGCUGGAAAGCAUUUUGUUCGGGAAAUCUGCGAGGGAAACUGAUGUUGGGAACGACCUCAAUGGGGCCGUCGACAUAUUUUCUUCUUCUCGAGAAGUAGCUGUAGUUGAGAAAGUAGGCAAGAAGCCCGUGUGGUUGGACGAGGAUGAAGAAAAGACUGUCAUCAGAGUGUCGGGCAUCAACCGGUUGAGGAAGUUGCGAAAGGAGCAAGAAGAGGAGCAUGUCUCAGGUGGGGAUUACGUUUCCAGGCUUAGGGCGCAGCACACGGUGUUAAACAGGGGAACAUCAUGGGCUGAGCUCCCGUCUGAGAGGACGAUCAGGAAGGAGGAAUUACCAGGUUGGGGUUCUGAAUCUGACACUGAGGAAGGUGGUAGAGAGGAAGACAAUGGUGAAUUGGUCAAUGAGGAACAUCAGACUUUGUUGGACAGCAGUGACCUUGUUGUGAAAAGCUCAUCAAGAUUGCCCCACGGCGUUCUGGAGAUCACAGCCAUGAGGGAUGGGAACAGUGAGGAACCAUCCAACGCUGUCAUUCAGUCGGUCCAAUUUCACAGAAACGCCCAGAUUCUUAUGACAGCGGGGUUUGACAAAAGGCUGAGAUUGUUUCAAAUUGAUGGGAAACGUAAUCCCAAGCUACAGAGCAUCUUCCUCGAAGACUUUCCAAUACAUAAGGCAGCAUUUGUUCCUGACGGCUCAAAAGUUGUUGCUUCUAGUAGGAGGAAACAUUACUUUGUCUAUGAUAUGGAAGGAGGACAGGUUCAAAAGAUAAACCCACUCAUGGGAAGGACAGAGAAAAGUUUAGAAAGUUUUGAAGUGUCUCCGGACAACAAACAGAUAGCAUUCUUAGGUAACGACGGUUACAUCCUUCUAUCGUCUCUGGCCACCAAGCAAUGGGUAGCCAACUUGAAGAUGAACGGCUCAGUUCGGUCCGUCAGUUUUGCUGAAAAUGGGAAUCACCUACUUAGUACCGGUGGAGACGGAGAAAUUUACCACUGGGACCUUAGAACGAGGCGGUGUUUUCAUAAAGGCACAGAUGAAGGCUGCGUAAAGAGCAGUUCUUUGGCGGUCUCUUCGGACAGCAAAUUAUUUGCUACCGGUUCCGGCAGCGGAGUGGUGAAUGUGUACAACCGGGAGGCUUUUAUAGGAGGGGCUACACGACCCGUGAAAUCACUUAUGAAUCUCGUUACCACGGCAGAUAAUCUGAAGUUUAAUAAUGACUCUCAGAUACUCGCCAUUGUGUCUAGGAUGAAGAAAAACGCCCUGAAACUCGUCCAUCUCCCUUCUUACACCAUCUUCUCCAAUUGGCCAUCUCAACAGACCCCACUGCACUACGUUCACUCACUGGACUUCAGUCCCGGUGGAGGGUAUCUUGCAGUAGGAAAUGCUGUGGGACGAGUCCUACUUUACAGGCUUCGUCAUUACGCUAAUGCUUGAUGUCGGACGCUUCUGCAGUUGCAUUCAUGUAAUAUACUAAUUUAGGUUCCAUAGUCUUGCUGUCUUCUGACCUCAAAAGAUAUGCUGAUGUUCCGAUUCGGUCGAGCCAAGAUAACCAUUUUUUCGGUCCAUGAGGCCAAAGGCAAAAUAAUUCUAAAGUUCCGAAUGUCCC